AGCCCUGCACCGUGCAGACGGCGAUCAUGUUUCAACUUGUCGCGAAAUCAUCCGCAUAGCGUGUAACACGUGAAUAAAUUCAAAAUACGUUUCUUGAGCAGAGGAAUAUUUGCACUUCAUAUACAAGAUGUGCACUCUCGAGGAAUAUUACGACAUUGAUUCCGAGAAGUGUAUCCCAUGCUCUGAGUGUGCCACAGAGGAUUCAGUGCUGAUGAAAUGUUCGUACUUUGCUGACACCCUGUGUAAAACGGACCUUCUUAAAGGGUUUGCGUUGCUUUCCAAUCCCGCCCCUCAAUCCUCGCAGGUGUCCCGGGGAUCGGGGACUGUAGCCGUGGAGGUUCUACCAGAUGAUUGGACGUCCAACAUUAACCCCACCGUCCUGAUGGUGUCCGGAUGUCUCUGUAUUGUGUCCCUGGUGGUCGUGGUUUUCCUGAUCUCCUUCCGUCUGUGGAAAAAAUAUUGGAGACCAAGAAAAGAGAAAGUUAUUUACCUCACUAGAUCAUAUGUUGGAUACCAAGACCCGGAAGAGGGUGACGAACCUCGAUAUCAACCCCUACCCUCGCGGGAUCGCCUUAAGAAAACUAAUUACUACAGUAGUAUCUACGCCAACGACACGAUGCUCAAUAUGGUGGAUACACAUAUCUACAUUAACAUGCUGAACUCCAUCGAUAGCGACUACUGCACCAUUGACGAUAUCAUAGAAGACCGAUGAAAGAAAACAAUAACAGUGUGCAUACAAGUUCCAAAUGUCAGUGCUAAUCUAUACAAGUUCUAUUAUAAUGACGCAUGACGCCUAACGACGCUUUACUUAUGACGCCACUAAGAUGACGCAAUGUCGACAAAAACUAGAAGAGGCAGAGUGACGCCAAAUUGUAGUGAAAAAUGCACAAGAUGGGACAAGGAUAUUGAUUUAAAACAAAUCCUCUAACAACAACAGACUUGAAUCCGCUGCACCUCUCAAGGCUGAAUCAGAGGCCAUAUAUCUUCUUCGAGGAAUAUUAAACUUGGAUUCGUGUUGGCAUCGGAGAUUUUAUUCCCUUUUUGAAGAAACGUUUCCCCCAAGGAAUUCGAGGAAUGGUUCAUACCCACACAUGCAUGGAGAUUUUAUCAAAUCUAUGGAGUGAAUAUACAUUUGUGCGAUAAUUUUAAACUGUUACAGCCAAUGGCCGUAAAAAAAAUUGAUUUGUAAAUACAAUUAUCAACAAUUAUGUGUCAUUUGUGUAUAUAUUGUAUUUACUAAUUUAUUUCAUAAUUAAAUUAUCAAAACGUUGAAA